CCCCCUUCUUCUCUUUGCUUCUGCCCCGUGCUAUUCAUUUUGCUCUUGCUGUCUUUAGACGUCGCGUACCGCGCGACUGAGAGAGCGAGGAAGAGUGAGCGAGAUGAAGGAAAAAAAGAAGGAUGUCGCGGUUGAGGACCGAGCGGGGGACGAGAGCUACAACCAGUGGAAGGCUGCGAUCCCUUUGGUCUAUGACUGGUUCACUAACCACAACCUCGUGUGGCCUUCACAGUCCUGCCGGUGGGGCCCACAACUGGAGGAAGGGAAAUACAAGAAUCUCCACCGUCUCUACCUUUCUGAACGGACUGAUGGCACCUUUCCAAACACUCUUGUCAUAUCAAACUGUGAAGUUGUAAAACCAAGGAUUGCAGCAGCAGAGCACAUAUCAAAGUUCAAUGAAGAGCACUGUUCCCCCUUCAUAGACGAGUUUAAAACUAUUAUACAUCCAGGGGAGGUUAACAGAAUAAGGGAACUCCCUCAGAGUAGUAAGAUAAUUGCGACGCAUACUGACAGCCCUGAUGUACUUAUUUGGGAUGUUGAAGCGCAGCCCGAUCGCCAUGUUGCUCGCAAUGUUUCAGAAUCUCUUCCAGAUUUGAUAUUGACAGGGCAUCAAGAUAAUGCGGAGUAUGCUCUUGCCAUGUGCCCAUUAGAGCCACUUGUACUUUCUGGAGGGAAGGACAAGUCAGUUGUCUUGUGGAGCAUACAUGAUCAUGUAUCUGUUCUAGCAGAGGCUUCAUCUGAUAAAUCUCCUGGGGUGUCUCCUGAGAGUUUGAGUAAUAAGCAGUCAAUAGAAGCUGGUGAUGAGAAGAAUUCAGAAAGUCCAACUAUUGGACCACGAGGUGUAUUCCAGGGGCACGAAGACACUGUUGAAGAUGUGCAGUUCUGCCCUGCUAGUCCACAGGAAUUUUGUAGUGCAGGUGAUGAUUCUUGCAUCAUUCUAUGGGAUGCUCGUGCUGGUACCAGUCCCGUCACAAAGGUUGAAAAAGCUCAUGAUGGUGAUAUUAACUGUGUUGAUUGGAACCCUCAUGAUGUGAAUCUUAUUUUAACUGGAUCUGCAGAUGGUUCUGUUCGUAUGUUUGAUCGCCGAAACCUCCUAACUUGUGAUGGUGCUGGAUCACCUGUACAUAGAUUCGAAUUGCAUAAGGCUGCUAUUCUCUGUGUUCAGUGGUCUCCUGACAAAGCCUCAGUUUUUGGAAGCUCUUCUGAGGAUGGUUUUUUAAACAUCUGGGAUUAUGAAAAGGUUGGUAGAAAUGACGGUGUUGCAAGGAGGGUGGCUAAUGCCGCAUAUGGUCUUUUCUUUCAACAUGCAGGGCACAGAGAUAAAGUUGUUGAUUUCCACUGGAAUGCAUCUGACCCAUGGACAAUAGUUAGUGUUUCUGAUGACUGCGCACGUGUCAAUGGAGGUGGGACAGUACAGAUAUGGCGUAUGAGUGAUUUGAUUUACAGGCCUGAAGAAGAGGUUCUGGAAGAGCUGGAAAAGUUUAAGGAUGAUAUACUUUCAUGUUCAUCUGAGACCUGAAUGUGACAGCUGCUUCAGCAGAAUCUUUUUUUUUUUUUUUGGUUACAAGGGGAAAAUGUUCUUCCUAGUUUGCUCGAACAGUUUGACACUUUUUGAUCUUCGAGCAUGUUCAGCUAUAAAAAAAUGAUUGACGAUGCUAGUCCAUCAGGUAUGUUUUGUGGUGAACAGCUGAUUAAGCGAGCAAAGGUGAAACUGCUUUCCUACUGACAAUCUCCUUUUUAAUUUACCUCCCUGCAUCUUAAUAUUUGGUGGGUUUGGUUAA